GCGCCAACAUUAUAAGAUGCCGCAAUCUUAAAUAUGCUUCAUUCAGUUCGCAACUGCGAAGCGAAAAGCAUUCUUAAUAGAAAGUGUUUAAACAUUCAUAUAUAAUUGAAGAGUUACAUUCUUUAGAUUUGGAAAAGUGAUAUUCGGCAGUACAAAUCGCGGCUCUUAUAAAUAAAAAAUAAUUGCAAAACGGUCGAAAUAACAUUACAGUGUGUCCGUUGCUGAGGAGACUUCUGAUUUAUAAUAAUAUAAAAAUAGUAAUAUGGAAGCUGCACAGAUGAGCACAACUGUGCCGGAUGGCGGUCGGGGUUGGGUGAUUGUAGCCGCUGUGGCAUUGAUAAACAUGACAAAUCAAUAUAUACACUCGGUUUUCGGUUUGCUGUUCGGUGCUAAAUUGAAAAGUAUGCAGGAGCACACAUUCACCGCUGCGCUGAUUUUAAAUUUAAGCAGUUUGACAUUAAAUUUUUCCGGUUUAUUUAUUGGACCGGCUAUAAAGACCUUUAAGCAGCGCAAUGUGGCAGCGGCUGGGAUUUUUUUUGUUUCGUUUGGUUUGUUCCUUUGUGCCUUCGCGACAGAAAGUUGGCAUUUCAUUGUUGGCUACAGUGUAUUUGUUGGACUUGGACUCGGUUUAAUAACACCAUCCACAUUUAUGUCUAUCAAUUCGUAUUUUAGUACAAAGCGAGGUCGUGCCGUGGGACUGGCUUUAGCUGGUUCUGGCGUAGGUCAGGUGACUGUACCGCAUGUAGUACGCAUACUACUAGAUUACUACGGUUUUCAAGUCACUGUCCUUGCUAUGUCACUAUUUUCACUGAUUGGCCUUUUUGGUGCUGCGCUGCUGAAACCACUGGCUCCUCCAAUUAGACAUAAUAAUCGACAACAUGUACGUCUAUUGUUAUCAACUGAUGAUGAGAAAAACAAAACAGUGCCACCACAAUUUAAAGUGACCGAAGCUGAGUCCAAUAACUUGAUGAAAAAAGAAGAAGCAAAUGCUCAUUUGAGUCCAACUCGUGAGCACUGUUGCCAUAACGUCACGCAGCGAUUGGUGCAAGCUAUGGAUUUGGAAUUACUCAGAGAUACCACUUUCUGGAGCAUCAUUGUUGGCAUGGGUUUAGUAUAUACAUCCACCAUUCAGUUCACUAUGCUGUUUCCGCAUUUCCUGCAGUACUCGGUUGGGCUUUCGACCUUCAAUACAGCCACGUGCAUGUCUACAGUGGCUGGCGCCGAUAUCGUAUGUCGGCUGUUGUUACCCUGCAUCACUGAUAAGUUAAAAAUACCUUAUCGUCUUGUUUUCCUAUUGGGCACCGUGGGCUUACUUAUUUCACGUGCAGCGCUUGCCGAAUCCAUGGACAUGACUACAAUUAUUGUGAUGUCGAUUUUUACUGGCAUGACAAAAUCAGCCACAGUGCUGAAUAAUAAUCUAACAAUUUCAAGCCAUUGUCGACCAGAAAAACUACCAGGUGGCUUGGGUUUGAAUAUGAUCGCCAAAGGUGUACUAGUUAUCACCGUUGGUCAACUGCUUGGUUGGAUACGUGAUUACACACACUCGUAUAUACUGUGUUUGCAUGCGCAAAAUAUUUUGCUCUUGCUGGUAGUAUUGGUUUGGGCUCCCGAACUUAUCUGCCGGUACAGGAAGAGUCAAAGGGAAAGACGGGAAGCAGCAGCAGAGAGAGAAGAAUAUAACAAAAUGAGCGUCUGCUGAAUAUAGGAACUGAUCACAGCACGGGAGUUUGACACAGUAUUACGUUUUUGGUGUUACGAAAACCAUUUUGAAUUUAAUACUUCGUUACUAUAUGUGUAUAUUUAUAUACAACAUUAUGUUAAUUAAGCCAAAUUGUAAUUUUAUGGAGAUUGUUGAAGUCUGCAUUGCGGGACUUUAUAUGUGAUAUUUUAUAUUAUAUUAUAAAACUAUGCCAUUAGCCGUUACUCAUACACGUAUAUCGCAACAUAUUUAUAAUUACAUAUAAGGGUAUAAGACUAUUUUAUAUAUAUUUUAGCUAUGGUAUUUUUUUUAAUUCAAAAAUAUGAAUAAAACUUCUCAAUUAAAAAAAA